AUGGUGGAGGAUAAAUAUGUGGGCCUGGCGCUUGCUAUACCCCGUUUGGUGGGGGGCAUAAUAACGAUGGUCGUGGGAGAGAUUGCCAACUUUGCUGCAUACGCUUUUGCGCCGGCUAUACUGGUCACACCGUUAGGGGCCCUCAGCGUUUUGAUCGGUGCAGUGCUGGGAGCAUAUUUCCUGGACGAAAUAUUGGGCACAUUAGGCAAAUUGGGCUGCGCUGCCAGCCUGGUAGGUUCCGUCAUAAUCGUGUUGCAUGCUCCACCAGACAAGGAAAUCAAAACUGUCGAUGAGAUUCUACAAUAUGCUAUACAUCCAGGCUUCCUGCUAUAUUGUAUAGCGGUCGCUAUCUUUGCGAUUGUAAUGAUCUACAGAGUUGCUCCACGCUACGGAAAGAAAAAUCCUUUAAUAUACAUUUCGAUAUGUUCCACCGUUGGCUCUGUAUCUGUCAUGUCCGUGAAGGCUUUCGGGAUCGCCUUGAAACUUACGUUGAAUGGUAACAACCAAUUUGAUCAUCCUUCAACAUACGCCUUCGCCAUCGUCACGAUAGCGUGCAUUUUGACACAAAUGAACUAUUUCAAUAAAGCAUUGAGUCAAUUUUCCACAUCCAUGUACAGACGCUCACAAAAUUUGGUCAAAGUCAUGCUAACUAAAAUCAGAGUCAAUCCUCUAUAUUAUGUCACCUUCACCACCGCCACUCUCUGCGCCUCAUUCAUCCUAUUCCGUGGAUUCAACACCACAGAUCCCGUGAACACGAUAUCUUUACUCUGUGGCUUUCUGGUAAUCUUCAACGGUGUAUAUCUACUCAACCUCUCUAGAGGAGACCCGGAUGGCGCCAAGCUCCUCAAUGGUCACGUAUCGAACGGUGUCCCAACGGAUGGUAUCACUGGACUUCAGACCCGCCAUAGCAUGCAGGUAAGGAGAAGUCAUGAAGACGGGAGAUGGAGUCUAGGCAGUGCUGGCUACGGCAGACUCGACGAACGCGGUCGUCUCAUGCGUAGAAGCGAAGAACAGGACGUGGGUAUGAAUCUUGAAGAAUUAGCAGGGGAAAGCGAUGAGGAUCACCGUCAUUCGAAGACCGAAGAAGAUUACGACGAUGGGCGGCCGCUGAAGGUUGAAAGUCUAGAUGUGAACAAAUGUCUUGCCCACUACGAAAGGAAACCAUCUUGCCUAGCGGCCUUUGACUGUAAACAUUGCGUCAUGCACCUGCAUAUCCCUUCGAAAAAAUUUGCGCAACAAAAGUUGACGUUGGUCCGUGAGCACCCUACUACUUCAAACCCUUGA